UAUGCGAUGCACUUGACAUUGUUUAUAUUUUGCGAUCGCAAAAAUACUCAAUAUUUAAUGAGAAAACUUGUUAAAAUUUCUAAUUGGAUAUCAUUGUGAAUAAAUAUCAAAAUGCUCGUCCAAUUCGUGUUAAAUACUUAGCAGCUACGUGUUAAAAUUUCUAUGAAUUUGCCUUAGGAGUAAAAACUUUGUUUUUUACGAGCUAUUAUGUGUUAAAUACGAUAAGAAAAUGCGUUGUAGUGUGCCUAAUUGUUCAAAUGAUACGAAACGAACAACUAAGAGCCAUGGGAUCACGUUUCACAUGUUCCCUAAGGAGCCGAACCUUCGCACGGCGUGGGUGGAAGCCCUGGGCCUGGUGGAGUGGGAGCCCAAGGACCGCAGCACCAUCUGCUCCGAGCACUUCCGCAACGAAGACUUCUACCUCACCAAGUGUGGGCUGAGGAGGGUUAAGAACGGAGCUGUACCAGUCACAGUGCAGGACUCCACUGAAGAUCUGGAUGCGCCUGCAGCACUUAGGGUGUGCAGGAUAUGUCUGACGAUGGACGCGAGGAUGUACCACAUAAGAGAGUACAAGCUGGACCAGGUCUACCACCAGGUCACUGGUUUGUCGAUAUCAGAUGAUGACAAGUUACCACAGAAGCUGUGCUGGGAGUGUGCACACCGGCUGGUCACCUGCUCACGUCUCAAGGGCAGAGCGGCGCGGAGUCAGGGCUUGCUGAUGGAGACACUGGUUAUGUAUGAUUAUAUAACAAUAAGGGACAUCAAAUCGAUCAACCGGGCACACAGCAACCUGAAAACAACCUUAGUGACUAAGUACUUUGACCCCAAUGACUACGAUAUACACGUGAAGGACAACCAGGUGUUCGUCAAGACUGAAUCAUCACCGGUUGAUGAUGAUGAUGACAUGAAGGAGGAGCUGGUGUUCGAUGACGGAAUUGGUGAAGACAUUGUACCAAUACCGCCUAUUAUGGAAGUGGAAAUAAAGGACGAACAAUCAGGGGAAAUAUUUUUCGAAGAAUUCCCGGACAAUUUCGAAUCGGACGAUGAUAAGAAAUUGAGUGAGGUGAUAACGGAAAGGAGGGAUAAAACCGAGAAAAGGGAGAAGAAGAUGAAGAAGAAAAAGUUGAAGAUGGAAAAGGUCGAGAAGAAAGUGAAGACGGUGAAGAAACGAGAGGCGAGAGGCGUGGGGAAGAAAGACGAGGAAGAUGAGGAUCCUUCCACUACUAUGGAUAAGUACAAAAAUUCGGACGUGAGGCGUCGAAAAACUCAAGAUGGGCUCGACGAGUCGUUAUUCACGAUUACAACACUCAGCUACGAAGAACAGAUAUCGGAGAUUGAGAAGCGGCAAGAGUCCACCAACUACCGCACCGCGCCGUUCAAGUGCGGCGUGUGCUACCGUGGUUUCAUGAUACGAGACCGCUACGACGCGCACACGCAGAGACACAGCGAGGCGAGUGGUGCGUACGAGUGUUUCAUCUGCAAGACGCGUCUGAAGACGGGCCGCGCGCUGAGGAAGCACCUCACAGCGCAACACACGGAAAAAUUCAGCUGCAAAGGGUGCCCGUUCGUUACUAGGAAUAGGGGUGUGGCUCGGGAGCAUGAGAAGUGGCACGCUGGAACCAAGUACCAGUGUCCGCACUGCCCGAGUGAGUUCGACAAGCUGACGACGUACAUGGGACACAUUCGCAUAAAGCACGUGUCAGACUUCGUGUGCGAACUGUGCGGGUACACGUUCGUCAGCAAGAAGGGCAUCGACGUCCACAAGAAGAAGAAACAUCGGCUGGACGAUAAGAUGCAGGUGCCAAUAGACGGUCCAUACUGCGAGGUAUGCGACGUGCGGUUCAUAUCGGAGGAGGCGCACUCGAGGCACCUCAAGCUGUCCUCCAGGCACAGCAGCGACAAUGACCCUAACCGUAUAAGAAACGACUCGCAAAGCAUGAACGCAGAGAAGAAUGGGCGCGUAAUGCGCAAGAUAGAGAGGAGACCCGUCAUACACCCGAGAGACCCCACACAGAGAGACCCCAGCCGGCCCGAGCCCUCCGGCCCUGUCACCUGCGAACAGUGCGGCAUCCAACUGCGCGAUCUCCGUCUAUACGCGCAGCACUUCCGUCGAGCGCACCCGGACAAGAAUCGAACCAAAUACCCCGCCAUGAAGACGCCUUGUAUGUGCGAGCAGUGCGGUCGGAUAUUCCAGAGCAUGGCCCUUCUCAAAGACCACAUGUGGGUGCAUACGGGCGAGAAGCGGUUCAAAUGCGAUCGUUGCUCCAAGUCGUUCACCCAGAAGACCAACCUGGUGUUCCACAUGAGGGUGCACAGCAACGCGCGCCCCACCUACGAGUGUCCGCUGUGCGGGAAGCACUUCGCCUUCUUCAACAACCGCAGGAGGCAUAUGUUUAUCCACACAGGCCUGAAGCCCUUCAAAUGCGACACCUGCGGGAAGUGCUUCACGACGUCAGGCGAGCAGCGCGCCCACGUGGAACAUGUACACAUGAAGAAGCCCUGGCCGAAGAGGGUGAGGCAGCGGCCGCAGGACUGGGCCAACAAGAUGCCGCCCUGCGAGGACUAGCUGUACUAACUUGGUAGGGUCGAUAUUCGUAAGGUCUGUGGGAUCACUAAGGUCUGUGGGAUCACUAAGGUCUGUGGGAUCACUAAGGUCUGUGGGAUCACUAAGGUCUGUGGGAUCACUAAGGUCUGUGGGAUCACUAAGGUUAGUGGGAUCACUAAGGUCAGUGGGAUGACUAAGGUCUGUGGGAUGACUAAGGUUAGUGGGAUCACUAAGGUUAGUGGGAUCACUAAGGUUAGUGGGAUCACUAAGGUUAGUGGGAUGACUAAGGUCAGUGGGAUCACUAAGGCCGUGAUUUUCGUGGUCAAUGGGGUCUGAGGUCAGCAAUACCGCUAAAAGUGAUCCUGCGAGAACUAGGUGCACUAACUUGGUAUGGUCAAGGUUGGUAAGGUCAGCGCGCUUUUAUAACAGGACCUAAUCGAUACGAAACAAACGAGAUUUUAAUAGGCCUUCUGAUGUAAAAGUUAUUGUAGGUAGAUAGUACUCGAAAGGUAGGUUAUAGGAAAAUGGAUCUCAGAAUUGGGUAGUUUCCUGGAUCAAAGAUAAAUUAUGUAAUUCUGAUUACUAAAUAAAGACAGAUCUGUGACAAAAAUCGUUUUCUUUUUGUCUAUAUAACUUAUUUAUGAAUUUAAAUAAAGAAAAAUAAAUAAAUAAAUAAUAAUAAUAAGCGCGAUAUUUUGUCACGUUUUUCUAUGAAGUCACAGGUUUUUUCAUACAAAUUCCAUAGUGAUUUAGUGUUGUUGACGUUCAGUAAAAAGUAACUGAUUUGACUUGUUGGAAACUACCAUGUUACUAGAUGUAGCUACUGGAUUAAAAUAGAGAUUACAAAUUCUAAUGUGUGGUUGUAGUACGAGUGAUUUUUGUAUGAGUGAGUUUUGGCGGCAAUGUUGUUUUUUUUUUAUCGAAUGCGUUUGCUUUUGACGCCGUGGUAGCCCAGUUGGUAGAACGCUUUCCUCUCACUUUGAGGUCGCGGGUUCGAAUCCAGCACAGGCCUGAACCAAAGAUUGUCGAAUUCAUAAUUGGAUCAUAUAUGAUUAUCACGUUCUCAGCGGUGAAGGAAAACAUCGUGAGGAAACCCACAUUCCCCAGAUGCAUUUUCGGAGGUAUGUGACCUAACCUGUAUUGGGCUGGUUUUCCCUUCGCGGGUUGGAAGGUCAGACAGGCAGUCGCUUCUGUAAAAAACCGGACCUGUCAAAUGUUCAGGUUAGGUAAGCGGACCCUGUGGAAAACGGGAUAAUGCUAGGGGGCUGGGUUUGCUCUUGACGCCAUUCCGCCUCUGAUAAGCCUGAAUGAGGUGAAUGUGGACGGUGUAACGAGCUAGUGUUUAACGAAGGUAUGAGUCCGCGCCACGGAAGAAAGCCUAGGUAUGGAAUAAGGAAUAAUACUAUGUAUGGACCGGCAUCUCUGCGCUCCCCACCAGCGUCUGAGCUAGGCUUACCUCACCCACACUCUUUCUCCUCACUUUCUCUUCUCACUUUAGUCUCCAAUAGUAUAGCGUCAGACGUCAGACACACGAAUCCGCGUGUACGAUAACGUCAUUGGCCCCGAUUCCUGCCAAGAGGAAUGAUAAUUUUAAAAGGAAUUAAAUAGCAACCCGGGCGAAUCAAAUAGGCAUCUCGCUGGUAUGUUUAGUUUGACUAGUGAUGUCAACUUAUACUGUCGGGUUACCAAUGUAAAGUUUGGCGAGGGUUGUUUAAGAUUUCGGCCUAAAAUAACUUUACUUAUAAAUUUUAUAUGCCUGUCGAUUGCCCGUCCCUUUUCUUUUCGGCGGAUAAAAAAAUGACAGAAGUCAAUUAUCAUGACUUCAUCCAUGGCGCGGACUCCACCUUACAGACACCCCGCUAGCCACAAGUUGAUGGUGGAACUAGGAAUCGACGAUCAAACGGUUCUGGUUGUGUAUAUGCGUCGCGCUGUGUAAACUUCGUUAGCGCGUUUUAGGACUCGAUAAGCGCCAUCUAUGAUGAAUGUGCGGAACUAGUAGAUCCGCCACGGAGUCUCAUAGAAAAUUUCAUUUAUAAGGAUUGAUAAGCGAAGGAGCAUAAUAUUUGAAAGCUCAUUUACCCAAUGUAUGAAAAGAAAAAUAGAAGGUGUUCCAUUUUGUUAUAGGAAAAUAAAGGUAGUUAUGAUUUUAAAGUACAAUAAGCUGCAAAAGUCCAGUUUUUUUGCAAAGUAAUAAAUUAACUGCUUGCACUUAAGACCUCUGGUUACA